CCUUAAUCUUUGCAAGCAUUUACAAGAUUCUGCAUCUUUUGGGGAAUGAUAGUGUUCAGUUGCUGUCAGUGCUGGCUUAGAACAUGUGAGAAGAAAGAGGGAUAAGAAGGGAGACCUGAUGGGUACCACAUCGGGGCUUUGAGUAGUCAGAAGAUGGUGCAAGGGCAUUUGGCUCCUGGAGCUUAAGGGAGGAAUUAGGAGCUUGAAGAACAGGAAUAUAGACUGAUUUGGAUUCCUAGACUUGCCCAAGCACUUCUGUCUGCUAUAGCUGACUUGAGGCUUUACUCAUUAAUGAAGCAACUAGAAAAUCAGCAAGUAGCAAGAUGGGUGUUAUGCUCUUGGUUCACAUGGUAUUGCUGUACCAGAACUCUUACAAACACCAUGGAAACUGUUCUCACUGUAAUUGCUCUUUUCUACUACCCUUUGGAAGGUUCAAAGUCUAUGAACAGUGUCAAGUACUCAUCCCUGGUGGCACUUGCCUUCAUAAUUCGCCCCACAGCAGUCAUUCCAUGGAUACCUUUGCUCUUCAGACAUUUCUGGCAAGCACAGAGAAAGCUUGAUCUUAUUCUACAUCAGUUUUUACCUGUUGGAUUUGUCACUUUGAGUUGGUCUCUGAUAAUUGAUCGUAUAUUUUUUGGUCAAUGGACUCUGGUUCAAUAUAAUUUUUUGAAAUUUAACGUGCUGCAGAAUUUGGGGACAUUUUAUGGUUCUCAUCCAUGGCAUUGGUACUUCAGUCAAGGAUUUCCAGUUGUUUUGGGUACUCACCUACCCUUUUUUAUCCAUGGCUGCUUUCUAGCCCCAAAGAGGUACCGGAUACUUUUGGUAACUGUGCUGUGGACACUUCUGGUUUAUAGCAUGUUGAGCCACAAAGAAUUCAGGUUUAUCUAUCCAGUUUUACCAUUCUGUAUGGUGUUCUGUGGGUAUUCACUAAACCACCUGAAAAUGUGGAAGAAACCAGCUCUAAGUUUCCUGUUUUUAUCAAAUAUGCUCCUUGCCCUCUAUACUGGUUUAGUUCAUCAACGAGGUACUCUUGAUGUCAUGACUCAUAUUCAAGAACUCGGUUACAACAAUCUCAAUAAAUCUGCAGCUUCAGUAUUUGUAAUGAUGCCUUGCCACUCUACUCCUUUUUAUAGCCAUGUCCACCACCCACUUCCGAUGAGAUUUCUCCAAUGUCCUCCAGACCUGACUGGAAAAAAUCAGUAUCUUGAUGAAGCUGAUGUAUUCUAUCAAAAUCCCUUAAGCUGGUUGUAUAAAGAGUUUCACAACAAUUCAACAUUGCCUACUUACUUGAUCAUUUUCAACGUUUUGGAAGAGGAAAUCAGUGCUUUCCUAAUUUCAAGAAACUAUGAGAGAACUGCUAUUUUCUUCCACACUCACUUGCCAGAGGGUCGAACCGGAAGUCACAUAUACAUCUACGAACGGAAAUUAAAAGGGAAACUCUAUAGAAGAUGAAAUUCUGAACUGUUUUUAGAUCUUUCCCAAAGAAAAAGACACUCCUGGGUAAAAAUAUUCAGAUGCUGCUUAAAUACACUAGUAAACACUGGGUAAGAUUCAUGGAACUAGCAAAACACACCUCUGAACUGCUUUAUCAAAUAUUACUACUGAGGAAAUGUAUGAAAAUUAUCACAAAGUAUAAAAUUGUAUAUUAAUACAAUGCCCAGAUUUUAAAUAAAGACCUUUAGUUUUCCUCAUGUUGUAGUUUUAUUGUUUCUUCCACAAUAUUCAGAUGUGCAAGAAAUUUCACAAGAGAACAAGUCAGCAAGCUCAUAAGAAGGCAGCAAAUUCUUCACAAGUCAACGGGCUCUUGAACCCACAAAAAGACAAGAAGAGUAA